UCUUCAUCAACAUCAGCACUUAGUUGUUUUACUCUCUUGACUCCGAUCAUAUCACAGUUCUGAAGUUAGGAAAUAAAAAAGGCGGUUUCAGUUUGAAAUUAAUCUUAGCAACGAUCGGAUCAUAGAUAAUCUUCUCAUAGAACAUAUCCCGAGCAAUGAAUGCACAAUUUAUUCUUGCAUUAUCAGUUCUCCUGAUUGGAACAUGUAUUUGUACGGAAGACAAUGACUAUUUGACAACAGUUCUUAAAGAUGUCUUUGGUGAUUUAGAAGAAAAAGACCCCGCCGAAUUUGUAGUACCAAUUUCUCCAACACUAAACACAAAUGCAACUAAACCACAAACUACUCCUACAUCUUGUCAAAAGGGUGAAAAGUGCGUAAAGGAAUAUCUCUGUAAAGAAGGCACAGUAGACGAAGAUGGUGAUGUUUCUAUUUUCAAUCCUCGUUUUUUGAACGAAAAGAAUGAACCUGUAUGUCCAUUUCUUGAAAAGUGCUGUUCCACCGGGAGUAUUACUGAAGAUCCAAUUGUUCGACCAAGAACAGUUUCACUUGGAUGUGGUAAUCGAAAUAUAGAUGGUGUUGGUUAUAGAAUUGAAUCACCACAAAUUAACGAAUCUCAAUUUGGUGAAUUUCCAUGGAUGUUGGCGAUAUUACGAGCAAGAGACGAUACGGACACAACACGUGAAAUCUAUCAAUGUGGUGGAUCGCUGAUUCAUCCUGAAGUGGCCUUAACCGCGGCGCAUUGUGUAUUUGGUAGAAAAGCAACAGAUUUUGCUGUACGAGCUGGAGAAUGGGAAACGAACACACAAAAUGAGUUAGAACCCCAUCAAAACAGAGAUGUCAUAGAAAUGGUUAUUCAUCCAAAGUACAACAAGAACAACUUAUUCAAUGAUGUAGCCCUGUUGUUUCUGAAAUCUCCCUUUGAUUUGGCUCAACACAUAAAUACCGUUUGUCUUCCACCACCUGGUUUUGUUUUUGAUUUUUCAAAAUGCUUUGCCACUGGUUGGGGAAAAGAUCAAUUUGAAAAUGGAAAGUAUCAGAAUAUUUUAAAGAAAAUUGAGCUUCCAAUUGUUCCGAGUUACGUGUGUCAGGAUAAUUUGAGAAAAACCCGUUUGGGGAAUUAUUUCAAACUUAACCCAAGCUUUAUAUGUGCCGGUGGUGAACGUGGUAAGGACACAUGUGAAGGCGAUGGUGGUUCACCUUUGGUUUGUCCAAUAGAAACUGCUGAAAAUCGAUUUUAUCAAUCUGGAAUUGUGGCAUGGGGUAUCGAAUGUGGAAAAGAAAAUGUUCCGGGGGUUUAUGUUAAUGUUGCGCUAUUCCGUGAAUGGAUAGAUGAAGAACUUGAAAAGAAACAUUUGGGAGUUUCUGAAUAUGUGCCACUCCCACGAUAGAGAGUCUUUGAGCAGUCUUAUGUGGCAGUACACUAAAGUACAUUAAGCAUGAUUUAUAAUAAAUAAUUAAGAUAAACCUAAUAUAA